AUGAAUAACUAUUGAAAUAAAAAAAAAUCCCUUGUCUCUGAACAAACCACUGAUUUCAAGCUGGGAAUCUUUCACAUCACAAUGCUCAGGAUUAUACAUUGAGGCAUUUUCCUAUAAAGAAUAUACCCAAAAGAAAAAAGAAUAGUGUGCAGAGUUGAUGUAUUGCUGCAAAAGUUAUUAUUUGUGACAUUUGAUCUUCUCACUUAAAUACACAUUAAUCUAAAGCUUUUCUGAGUCAGUGUUGCAAGUCCAAACAAUACAAGGGUCAUGUUUACUUUUACAGCAUCAUGUGGUUCAGUAUUGCCCCAAAACUGUGCAAAAUUCAACAUGCAACAUAAAAAUCAGCCAUACAAAGCUAUGAAGAUGAUGCUUUUAUUGCUUUGUGUUGGCGUCUCACUGGCACACGAUUUAACUACAUCAGCACAGCUAAAGGACAUUGAGGAAAGGCUGCGAGCCACAGAGGAAACACUGAAAGAACUGAAGAGAGAGAAUGAAGCUUUAAGGAUUUUCACAAAAGCCUCAAGUGAUACACUUGAAUCUAUCCAGGCAGAGAAUAAAGCCAAAAAGGUUGCCUUUUCAGCUGGACUUUUGGCAUCUGGAUCCCAAUCAUUUGGACCCUUUGAAACUCGGAAAACCCUGAUCUACCAAAAAAUUUUCACUAACACUGGAAAUGCAUAUGACUCCAACACUGGUACUUUCACAGCACCAGUGAAAGGAGUCUAUUUCUUCAGAUUUUAUGCUCAUGCUCACCCUUUUAAGAAAGUGGCAGUCAGUCUCCAUAAAAAUAAUCAAAUCCAAUGCUCUGUGUUUUUUCUGAAGCCUGAGACCAAUGCUAACGGCAGCAAUGGUGUUGUUCUCUCACUGGAAAAGGGUGAUGAAGUGAACACACAGCUGUGGGAGAACAGCUGGGUUUAUGAUGAUGAAAGCAGCUAUACCAGUUUCAGCGGUUUUCUGCUUUUCCCUUUGUGAGGUUCCACUUAAUUCAGAAUGGAAUGUGACAAAAAAUGUACUUGUGUCAUAAUGAUAAUAAUAAUAUUUGAGUGAUAUUUACAUUAAAGGAAGAGAACAUUGUGUGAUCCUAAACUCUUCUUGAAUUUUGAACAUAAAAAAUAAUCAUUAGCUUCUCUAAUGACAUCGAACUUGAAAACAUUUUAGAAAUUGUAUCUUUAUUCUUUUUGUUGACGAGUUUUCUUCAGCCCUUUUUUAAUGUAUCAGUAUGCAGUAAAUUCAUUUUAACAACCAUACAAAAAGCCAGUCAAUGUCAUUAUUUUACUAGUCUUGAUUAUGUAUAAAUACAUUUAUCAUACAAAUCCAGAUGUAACUGCAA